AUGGCGAGCAACGAGUUGAAAUGGACAUACCCGGAGAAGCGGGAACUACUGGGCGGCGACCUGCUGGCACAGACACUACGCCAGUUGGGGGUGGAGGUCACAUUUGGAAUCCACGGCGGGCAUCUCGACGCCUUCUUGAUCGGUUGUAAUCUCGCCGGCAUCAAGUUAAUCGACACCAGGCAUGAAGCCACCGCGGUACAGGCGGCUGAAGGCUACGCGAAGAUCUCGGGGAAGCCUGGCUGUGCGUUCGUCACUGCGAACAGCGGAUUCUGCAAUGCUCUCCCAGGCCUCGCAACCGCAUAUGCCGACCGCUCGCCUAUAUUUGUCGUGACAUCGUCGCCGCCUCUUCGUGAAGCAGAGACGAAUUCCCUGCAGGGGUUCCACGACCAAGUCGUGCUCGCAAAGCCGCUCACGAAAUUCGCGCACCGCGUGACCAACGCCGAGGAGAUCCCGCGCAUCGUCACGUACGCAUACAAGACCGCCAUCUCGGGUAUUCCGGGCCCCGUGGUCGUCGACUUCCCCAUCGAUGUGCUCUUCCACCCACCGCGGAUGAGUGCCAUCGCAUAUGGCUCGGUCAUGCACGCGCCAGCUGCGGCGCCGGCUCCGGAUUCUGCCAGUCUGGACGACUUGCUGAAACUGUGGAAGGCGGCGCACAGACCGGUCAUUAUUUCCGGCACGGGCGCCGCGAGAACGACGGCUAGAAAUGGCGGCGGCAGGGAGAAGCAGAGUGCUAGUCCGCUGCUUCAGCUCGCUGAAGCGACCCACACGCCGGUAUUUUACUCCCAGAAAUAUGCGCCUGCACUCCCAUUCGAGCAUGCCUUGCGAGGUGGUCCUGCCGGGAGCUUGGCUAUAUUGCCGUACAUCGGCAAGCAACAACCCGACCUUGUGCUCCUGCUCGGCGCGAGGACCGGAUUCCUGCUCGGCGGGCGCUCCGGGGCCAUCAUCCCGACGGGCGACGCAUGCAAGCUGGUACAAGUCGACAUCGACGGCACCGAGAUCGGGAAAUCGCACGCCGUGGACCUGGGCAUCGUAUCCGACGCGAGGAACUUCAUCAGCGCACUGCUAGACCGCAUCAAGACUGGGGAAAGCAUCGACAAGCACGAACCCUGGAUCCAAGACAUUCAAGACCUGAAGAACACGCCGUCGCCGCACGCAGGCGAGAGCGAAAAGGGCUCCGACGGCCGCUUGCACCCGUACCACACGAUCCGCGCCAUCUACGAGUCCAUUCCACCAGACUCGAUCGUCAUCCUCGACGGCGGGGAGGCGAGCGUGUGGGCGGGCGAGAACGUCGAGGUCGCGCGUCCGUCGUGCGCCAUCACCAGCACCGGAUACCUGGGCUUCCUGGGCAACGGAUGGGGAUAUAGUCUGGGCGCGGCUGUCGCGGCGGGCCCGGAGACGUUGGUGCUGAACGUCCACGGCGACGGCUCCGCAGGAUUCCACAUCCAGGAACUCGACACCUAUGCGCGGCAUAACUUGAAUGUCCUAACCGUGGUCAUGAACAAUUACGUCUGGGGCAUGAGUAUCGCCGGCCAGGAUAUCAUGUAUGGGUCGGAUGAUCCCGCGAGAAUGGUGUCUGCACUGUCCGAGGCGACCCGCUAUGAUGUCGUUGCCCAGGGCUUUGGGUGUAAAGGGGCGUUUGCGACCGAGAGCAUCGAUGAGGUCAAGGCCAAGGUUAAGGACUUGGCGGCGAGCAAGGGCGCCGGCCUACUGAAUGUGAUCAUUUCGAAGAAUCCGGUUACGGCCGUCACGCAGGCCAUGGUCGGGAAAACGGAUGAUCCGAAUGUUAUUGUUGUGCCUUAUUACGAUAAUGUCCCCAGGCCGUAUUAUAGGGCUGAUGAGGGGAAGAAUGGGAAUGGGAAUGUGAAGGAGACGAAUGGGCAUUGA